AAAGGCACGCAGUGGGGUUUUUUCUACAUUUUACAAUAUGUUGCAAAUAAACGAAUGACAGAAAUGCGGCUGACAGGGAAAUUGUCAAAGGAAACACAACCAACACAGACCCUCAGUACUCGAGUCUAUUUUGAGAUUGAUGUCAUACCGACGCUCCACUUUGCUGCCAGUCCCUAAACUGAGACCGAGUUGGACCACAGAGGGAGCUUGUGGCCAAUGCUACGGGUUCUGGCUGCCCUAAGAAGUGCACAGUUUCCAUUAGGAAGAGACGGCAUUAAGAACGGACAACCUCUCGUCCCUGCAUGAAGGUUGGGCUGAAGAGGGCGUGACUAAGGAUUUGAAACCAAUCAUGUCAGAGUUUAAUAAGGAGGUGGUCGAUUUGGUUUGGGGGAAACCAUCAGGGGGAGGAGUUUCCACUUCUAUCUUCCGAAGAUGGUCUCAAGGGUUUGUUUUCAGUGAGCAUGAGCAAACGGCUCUGAAGCAGUUUGAAGGAGGACCAUGUGCUGUGAUUGCACCUGUCCAGGCUUUCCUCUUAAAGAACAUUCUUUUUAACAGAGAAAGUUCCAACUGGAGACAAAUGUCAGAAGAGGAGCAGAAGACGGCCCUGUGUUCAACACUGAGUGAAAUCCUUGAGUCUGCCUGUGCCAGCGCCUCCACAGGGUUCUGUCUGGUGACCUGGGCCAAGGGGCAGAGCCCGCACACCAGCACGCUAUCUAAGACCCAGACCCAGCCUCAAACACAGGCCGUGCCAAAACCAGAGAGCAGCCAGACGCCACAGGAUCCGCAACCAACUGCUUUGGCUGCUGAGGACCUUGGCUUUGAGCAAUUUCACAGUGUUCUACACAAGCGGACUGUUCUGUCAGUGUCUGAUCUCAGAGAGGAGGUGCUGUCUCUCUACCAGUCCUGGAGGGGGUGCUGUGGGGUUUUGCUUUUCCUUUACUCCGUCAUUCUCACUAAGGGCAUAGAGAACAUUAGAAAUGAAAUCCAGGACCCAACAGAGCCCCUCAUAGACCCUAUUCAUGGUCACGGAAGUCAGAGCCUGGUGAACCUUCUUGUAACCGGCCAUGCUGUCUCUAAUGUGUGGGAUGGAGAUAGGGAAUGCUCUGGCAUGAAGCUACAUGGAAUUCAUAAACAAGCAUCUGUUGGCUUCCUUACGCUUAUGGAGUCGCUGCGCUACUGCAAGGUCGGGGCAUUCCUCAAAUCUCCAAAGUUCCCUAUUUGGAUUCUUGGCAGUGAAACGCAUCUCUCUGUAUUUUUCACAAAGGAGAUGUUGCUGGUAGCUCCAGAAUGUCCAUCAGAACAGGCAAGAAGGGUUUUCCAGUCAUUUGAUCCUGAAGAUAAUGGCUUCAUACCAGAGUCUCUGUUGGAGGAUGUAAUGAAAGCCCUUGACCUUGUCUCAGAGCCUGAAUACGUCAGCCUGGUGAAGAGUAAGCUUGAUCCCGAGAGCUUGGGCAUAAUUCUUCUGGGCCCUUUUCUCUUGGAGUUUUUCCCAGAUCAGGAUUCAGGAAUCCCAGACUCAUUUCCCGUCUACCACUACAAUGGGCUUAAACAGUCCAACCACAAAGAGAGGGUUGAAUAUGUGGAGGGGACAGCUUUGGUGCUGGGCUUCGAGGACCCGAUGGUCCGCACCGACGACACGCCAGUGAAACGCUGCCUGCAGACCAAGUGGCCGUACAUCGAGCUGCUGUGGACCACCAACCGCUCGCCGUCACUGAACUAGCACGAAAACAUUUGGUGGAUCUUUGCAUGUGGUCGGACCACUACAGCCUCCCCCCCCACCCCAGCCCCACCGCCACACGGCCCUCCUCAGCUUCCCCUGUGCACACUGACCACAGCGGGUCAGCAAACUGCAGGGACCGACGCACAUGCAGCAGAGACUUAUAACCAAGGAAACCCAGUGCACAUAGGAGAGAAGCAUGUUCAUGGACGAAGCCGUCAAGCCUGAGAUCCAUUUCUUUCAUCCACAUUCACACAGUCCACACAAAUGCAAACUCAACUGUGCGGUCGCCAUCGAUUGUAUUUGAGACUUAGGAUGUUUGCAAUGCGAUCAUUUAAAAUAAGAAAAGUGUCUUCUUUUUUUUUUUUUUUUUUUUUAUACAGCCCUGUGCUGUGCUGAUAGCUUCUGCUACAGUUUAGCAGCAGACAUGUAAACACUGUUCAGAACGCGGAGUUUGUUUCAACCAGCGUGUUGAUAAAUCUCACAGCGAACCACAUGUAGAGCCAGUCGACUGUGAAACCCUAAGCUUAACCCAGAGCUACAGGACUGUUCAAGGGCAAACCUACCAAAGCUUCCACUAACCAGAACACAGCGAGACUCACGCAGCCACCGACAGCCACUUCCACCGCUCAGUUUACAGCAUUAAAGGGACCAACCCAGAGGGAGGCAUCCUGACUGCAGGUUUUCAGCGUUUCAACCAGGUUGAAGUUGGUUUAAGUGCUCUGUGGGAGCUUUAUGCAUUACACUAGGAUGCUGGCUAAGUGCUUGUAUUUAUUAUCACACUCAAGGGUUCUGGAAUAAACACUGAUUGUUUUUUUUUUUUUGUUUUUUCUUUUGUUCAAACGGCGUGUGAAUUUUUUUUUUUGUCAAAGCUUUUAAGUCGUACCUUCCUCCUACAAACAGGGUUCCCACUCGGUGUGGAAGUAGAAAAGCAUCAAGCCUGGUUUUAAGUGUUGUCCAAAUCUGGAUAAAUAUGGAAAAAUAAAUGAUAAAAUAUU